AUGGCACCUGAUGACAUUGGUACAGAGUUACCUGAUGACAGUGUCGCAGAGUUACCUGAUAACAGUUGUGCAGAGUUACAUGACGACAGUGGAGUAGAGUUACCUGAUAACAGGUGUGUAGAGUUACCUGAUGGCAGUGGUAUAGAGUUACCUGAUGACAGUGGUGUAGAGUUUGCUGAUUACAGUAGUGCAGAGUUACCUGGUGACAGUGGUGCAGAGUUACCUGAUAACAGAAGUGCAGAGUUACCUGAUGACAGUGGUACAGAGUUUCCUGAUGGCAGUGGUACAGAGUUUCCUGAUGACAGUAGUGCAGAGUUACGUGAUGGCAGUGGUACAGAGUUACCUGAUGGCAGUGGUGUAGAGUUUCCUGAUGACAGUAGUGCAGAGUUACCUGAUGGCAUUGGUACAGAGUUAUCUGAUAACAGAAGUGCAGAGUUACCUGAUGACAGUGGUACAGAGAUUCCUGUUGGCAGUGGUACAGAGUUUCCUGAUGACAGUAGUGCAGAGUUACGUGAUGGCAGUGGUACAGAGUUUCCUGAUGGCAGUGGUGUAGAGUUUCCUGAUGACAGUAGUGCAGAGUUACCUGAUGGCAGUGGUACAGAGUUAUCUGAUAACAGGUGUGUAGAAUUACUUGAUGACAGUGGUGCAGAGUUACCAAAUGACAGUGGUACAGAGUUACCUAAUGGCUGUGGUACAGAGUUACCUGAUAGCAGAGGUGCAGAGUUACCUGAUGACAGUGGUGCAGAGUUUCUUGAUGAAAGUAGUGCAGAGUUACCUGAUGACAAGGUACCUGAUGGCAGUGGUGCAGAUUUCACUGAUGACAGUGGUACAGAGUUACCUGAUAUCAGGUGUGUAAAGUUACUUGAAUACAGUUGUAAAGAGUUACCUGAUGACAGUGGUACAGAGUUACCUGAUGGCAGUGGUACAGAGUUUCCUGAUGACAGUGGUACAGAGUUACCUGAUGACAGUGAGGCAGGGUUAUCUGAUAACAAGUAUGUAGAGUUACUUGAUGACAGUGGUGCAGAGUUACCUAAUGACAGUGAGUUACCUGAUGGCAGUGGUGCAGAUUUACCUGAUGGCAGUGGUGCAGAGUUACCUGAUAACAGUGGUGCAGAGUUACCUUAUGACCGUAGUACAGAGAUACUUGAUGGGAGUGGUGCAGAGUUACCUGAAGACUUUGGUACAGAGUUACCUGAUAAGAGGUGUGUAGAGUUACGUGAAUACAGUUGUGCAGAGUUACCUGUUGUCAGUGGUACAGAGUUACCUGAUGGCAGUCGUACAGAGUUUCCUGAUGACAGUAGUGCAGAGUUACCUGAUGACAGUUGUGCAGAGUUACCUGAUAACUGUGGUGCAGAGUUAACUAAUGACAGUGGUACAGAGUUACAUGAUGGCAGUGGUGUAGAGUUACCUGAUGACAGUGGUACAGAGUUACCUGAUAAGAAUUGUGUAGAGUUACCUGAAUACAGUUGUGCCGAGUUACCUGAUGACAGUGGUACAGAGUUAACUGAUGGCAGUGGUACAGAGUUACCUGAUGGCAGUGGUGCAGAGUUACCUGAUAACAGGUGUGUAGAGUUACUUGAUGACAGUGGUACAGAGUUACCCGAUGACAUUGGUACAGAGGUACCUGAUGGCAGUGGUGCAUAUUUCACUGAUGACAGUGGUACAGAGUUACCUGAUAACAGAAGUGUAGAGUUACCUGAUGACAGUGGUACAGAGUUUCCUGAUGGCAGUGGUGUAGAGUUUCCUGAUGACAGUAGUGCAGAGUUACCUGAUGGCAGUGGUACAGAGUUAUCUGAUAACAGGUGUGUAGAAUUACUUGAUGACAGUGGUGCAGAGUUACCUAAUGACAGUGGUACAGAGUUACCUAAUGGCUGUGGUACAGAGUUACCUGAUAGCAGAGGUGCAGAGUUACCUGAUGACAGUGGUGCAGAGUUUCUUGAUGAAAGUAGUGCAGAAUUACCUGAUGACAGUGGUGCAUAUUUACCUGAUGACAGUGGUGUAGAGUUUCCUAAUGACAAUGGUACAGAGUUACCUGAUAACAGUUGUGCAGAGUUACCUGAUGACAGUGGUACUGAGUUACCUGCUGGCAGUGGUACAGAGUUUCCUGAUGACAGUAGUGCAGAGAUACCUGAUGGCAGUAGUACAGAGUUACCUGAUGACAGUGGUAGAAAGUUACCUGAUGGCAGUGAUGCAGAGUUACCUGACGACAGUGGUGCAGAGUUAUCUCAUAACAGUGGUGCAGAGUUAACUGAUGACAGUGGUACAGAGUUACAUGAUGGCAGUGGUGCAGAGUUACCUGAUAACAGGUGUGUAGAGUUACUUGAAUACAGUUGUAAAGAGUUACCUGAUGACAGUGCUACAGAGUUACCUGAUGGCAGUGGUACAGAUUUUCCUGAUGACUGUAGUGCAGAGUCACCUGAUGGCAGUGGUGUAGAUUUUCCUGAUGACAUUGGUACAGAGUUUCCUGAUGACAGUGUCGCAGAGUUACCUGAUAACAGUUGUGCAGAGUUACAUGACGACAGUGGUGUAAAGUUACCUGAUAACAGGUGUGUAGAGUUACCUGAAGGCAAUGGUAUAGAGUUACCUGAUGACAGUGGUGUAGAGUUUGCUGAUUACAGUAGUGCAGAGUUACCUGGUGACAGUGGUGCAGAGUUACCUGAUAACAGGUGUGUAGAGUUACUUGAUGACAGUGGUACAGAGUUACCCGAUGACAUUGGUACAGAGGUACCUGAUGGCAGUGGUGCAGAUUUCACUGAUGACAGUGGUACAGAGUUACCUGAUAACAGGUGUGUAAAUUUACUUGAAUACAGUUGUAAAGAGUUACCUGAUGAGAGUGGUACAGAGUUACCUGAUGGCAGUGGUACAGAGUUUCCUGAUGACAGUGGUACUGAGUUACCUGAUGACAGUGUGGCAGAGUUAACUGAUAACAAGUGUGUAGAGUUACCUGAAUACAGAAGUGCAGAGUUACCUGAUGACAGUUGUACAGAGUUUCCUGAUGGCAGUGGUACAGAGUUUCCUGUUGACAGUAGUGCAGAGUUACGUGAUGGCAGUGGUACCGAGUUACCUGAUUGCAGUGGUGUAGAGUUUCCUGAUGACAGUAGUGCAGAGUUACCUAAUGGCAGUGGUACAGAGUUAUCUGAUAACAGUUGUGCAGAGUUCCCUGAUGACAGUGGUACAGAUUUACCCGAAGGCAGUUGUACAGAGUUACCUGAUGACAGUUGUGCAGAGAUACCUGACGACAGUGGUGCAGAGUUUCUUGAUGACAGUGGUAGAGAGUUACCUGAUGGCUUUGGUACAGAGUUACCUAAUGGCAGUCGUGCAGAUUUACCUGAUGACAGUAGUGCAGAGUUACCUGAUUCUGACGACAUUACUGAUUUAGCAGAGCUUUUUGCUGACGAUUCACAUAUAGAUGAUAAACGUCACGUUUCUACUGCAGAGAUUACAUUAGGGGGGAAGCCCGAAGCACAGUUAGACGAUUCUGUGAAGAGUAGUGAAGAGCUUAUUGAGGAGUCAUUUGACGAUUUAAACUGUCGUACCUUACGAUCUGGGAAUCAAUAUAGUACCUCGCCUGGUUAUUCACAGGUUGUUCCUACUCCUUUUCUGGGUGAGAGUGUGUCUGAUAACGUACCAUUACCCCACCCAUUGACUGAGCCUUCGGUUAAGAGUAAGCUUAGUGGCUUGCCUACAUCUAAUGCUAACAUGGCUUCUUCUAACGCUCCUAUGUAA